CGCCUCCCGCCGGCGUUGGGGGCGGGGGUGAGGGGGGACCCUGCGCGCGCGGCGGCCAUGGAGGGCUCCGGGGACGAGGAGGCGGCGGCCGAGGGGCCCCUGCAGCGGGUGGUGAAGCGGCAGCGCAGGGAGAAGCGGGAGCUGCAGGCAAAAAUUCAAGGCAUGAAAAAUGCUGUUCCCAAGAAUGAUAAAAAGAGACGAAAACAGCUGUCUGAUGAAGUUGCCAAACUAGAGGCAGAACUUGAGCAGAAGCACAAGGAGGAAUUAAAGCAGCUGAAGGAAGCUUCAGCUGAGCAGAAUAAGACAGGUUCUAUAGCUGAUGGGGUUGCAAAUUUAGAGCUUGAAGGAGCAGAACAACAGAUUCAGCAUCCUCGAAUAUCAAAAGCACAGAAGAGGCGGGAAAAAAAAGCUGCCUUGGAGAAAGAAAGAGAAGAAAGGAUAGCUGAAGCUGAGAUAGAAAACUUAACGGGUGCUAGACAUCUUGAAAGUCAGAAACUUGCCUCCUUAUUGGCAGCAAGGCACUUAGAGAUCAAACAGAUCCCUUCAGAUGGACAUUGCAUGUACAGAGCUAUUGAAGAUCAGCUCAAGGAUCACCAGAAUUCCUGGACUGUUGCAACUCUAAGGAACCAAACAGCAAAGUAUAUGCAAAGUCACUUUGAUGAUUUCCUGCCAUUUCUUACAAACCCUAGUACUGGAGACAUGUAUAGCAGAGAGGAAUUUGAAAAAUACUGUGAUGAUAUAGCAAAUACAGCUGCAUGGGGUGGUCAGCUUGAACUGAGGGCUUUGUCACACAUCUUGCAAACACCUAUUGAAGUAGUGCAAAUGGAUUCCCCUCCUAUUACUGUUGGUGAAGAAUAUUCAGGCAAACCAAUUAUACUUGUGUAUAUGAGACAUGCUUAUGGAUUAGGAGAACAUUACAAUUCUGUAAAAAUUCUAACAGACACUGCUACAGAAAAUGGCAGCUAGCAUACAGAAGUCAUAAAUCCACAUGGAUAACAGUUGCAUCUUAACGUGUUGGGCUCCAGACAAAUCCCAGACAGACUGGAUAGUAAAACUACAUGGAAUGGAGUGUAAAUGAAAAAAACACAUAUAAGGCUUGUCUAUAAAUCAGAAAUAGCUUUUGAUUUAAAACAAAACAAACUCCUACAACAGUAUUUUGAACUUGUUGAUAUUAAUCAUGUUUAGAAGAUCCCUAAAAUGGUGGCUGUAGACCAGUGGGUUUUUUUUUAACAGAACUUCAUCCUAUACCACAGUGAAAAUACAGAAUAGUAAAUGUUUUGGUUAAUCUGCAUUUCUGCUGAAGUAUUAAAGUUACCUGAAGGUUCCUGUUACAUUAUUUCUGGCAGAUUUUGAUGAUCAUGGACGAGCUAAGGCAUUUAAAAUAAUUUAUUUUGAUUGAUGGAAUAUCCUCUACGGUGUUUCUUUAGUGCUAUCAGGAUCUAGCUCCAUCGCUGUAAUAGUGAUCCCCUUCUUUAUUUGGGCAGAGAAGAACUGGAGGCAAAUCUAGUAGUAGAAUAUCUUGCUUGACUGAAGGCUUUGCACAGUCUUUUUAUUUUAAAGACUUUCAUCUAAGAUUUUUACCAAGGUUUGAGGUGUUCUAGUUGACAGUAGGAACUUAAGGUGGGGUGCUGUUCCUAAUACUGAACCUGUAGGAAGAGCAUUGUUCUUUAUGACUAUACUUCAUAACAUUGAUGAAAGUUAACUGUACAUAGUCUUUCAUCUGUGCAUUUUGGUGGUACAGAAAUCUUGCACACAAAAAGCUUGGUGUCCUCGCUUCAGGUGGAGAAACUCAUCUGAACUGAUCAUUUGUGGAUCUGCUGAUCUAAUCACUUCAUCUGAAGUGUGAUGGCUUAUAAUGUUUAAAACAGCUGGUUGCAUACUGGUGUAAAAAUAACCACCUUGGCUUUUGUCAGUAAGUUGAAAGGUGAUCUACAGAAGAGCUAAGUUUAUUGUCAUUGCUCCUUAUGAUGCACAGACACUUGAAAGAUGUUUUUUUUUAAUAUGGCUUGAUUUUUUUUUUACAUUAGAAAUGUAGAUUUUUGUCUUUAUGUCACUGUAAAUGUGACUCCAAAAUGAACAGCAUACUGAAACAAAAGCAAUAAUGCAUUAAAAAAAAAAAAAGCCCUAGUCAACAACAGUGUAAUUGUCUUUAUGUUAGUGCUAAUGAGUUGUGUUUGGAGAAAAUUUGUUCGUAUCAAGUUUAGACACCUUUGCCUUGAUUUGAGGAUUAUGAGUUGACUCUGCAUCCUGUAGUCCUUGUGUAAAGCCAGCCAGCAGAUUGACAUUCCUAGGACUUAAAAAUGAGAAAGAAAAAUCUGCUCUUACUCGGCGAGAUAAAUGUUCGCUUUAUGGAUCAGAUUAUGUUUGAUUUAAAGCACUUUGAGCAAGAGAGGGGGGAAGAAAACCAGACAAUUAUAGCAGAGGGGUUUGGAUAAACAGAACUUGAAUAUGACUUCUCUAGGCUGGUGCCUGCCAGGAAAAUAAAGUAUUAACCAGAUAAGGAGUUUUUACAUGCUUAUUUAUCUGAUACAGUAUAGCAAAUAUAGCUGUAUUUAUAGCAGCUGGUUUACUGCCUUGAUUGUAUAAAGCAAUGUUUUUAAUUUCAAACAAAAUGGGAUACAACAGCAUGGAAAAAGUGUCUCUAUUCAUAAUACCACUCUGAAUUUCACUAAAAAUAAUAAUCAAGAGAUACUGUUAUCUGUGUCGCUUAGAAUUGAUGCAAUAUGAAAUGCACAUGCUAGAUUUCACAAAUACCCUGUGAAAAAAGUUCUUCAUUGGGUUUUCAUUCUUGUUUGAUUAACUGAUAGAAAAGAUGCCAGAAUCAUGGAACACCUUGUACCAACAGUUUGUCCUGUUGAAGUUGUUUACAGUUUGUAUAAAGCAAAAUAAUGUUUUAAUACAGUGAGGGAAAGAUCCUUGCUCCUGCUGUUUGGGACUUGCCAAAAAGUAAUAAAUUGAUUUAUUUGUGGCA